AAUCAUUACUGAUCUGGAUAACUGGUAGUUGUAGUGGAGUUCAUUUGUUACCUUACGUAAUCUUUUAAAAAAAAUCCUUACACGAAUGACUCGACCUGAUUACCUAACAUAGGACUGAAGAGGACAGUUUAAUUCCACGGCGGAAAAUAUAUAUUAUAUCACAAUAAUAAUUAUCCAGAAAAAAGCCCAUUGAUUGGACUGUAAAUUUUAUCCAAUUGAAGAAAAAAAACCAAGACAUUUUCUGAUUGGUCAACUUAAAUCAACCAAUGGAUGAAACAACCAAUCCAAAAUUAGAUUCCUUAACGAAUCGACCUUUAGCCUCAUUGGCUUACAAUCAUCCACAAAGCGGAGUUAAUAAUAAAACGCAUACUGGAUCAGGUGAAUUAUAUGAUAAUAAACACAGUAACAGAUCAGAGAACCGUGAAUAUAAUCCUAACAAACUAUCAUCACCAUCAUCAUCAUCAUCCAAUAAUCAAUCUAGUGUGAAAGAAUUAACAUUUAAUGAUAAUAAUAGUAAUGAUAGUUUAUAUGAUACGAAAACGCCAACUACAAUAACACAUACUGGUAGUCAAAAGCAUGGUCUAAUUAAAAAACUUUUCAAUCGAGCCUAUCCCAAUCAUAAUCAUAAUACUACUACUAGUACUUCGAAUAGUAACAAUAAUAAUAACAAUAAUAGUCCGGAAAAACUUAAAAUUGUGGAAUUACGUUCACAUUGUCGACCACAGACUACAGAAAUUUCACCAGCGUCAGUUAAAAUUAUGGGGAAUGUUCAUCAGGGCAACACUUUGCAUGGACAAGCUAUUUCUUCUAUUUCUUCACCUUCAGAAGAUAAUGUUAACAAUAAGUUAUACAAAGCAACAACAACAACAACAACAACACCACAAGCACCACCACCACCAACAACAACAACACCAACAUCGAAAUCAAACAAUAAACACGUUAUGAUACAUAGUCAUACAACUUCACAUUCACCAAUUGGUCAUCAAAUGAAUAAACUUCCAAUUACUCAUAGUAAUAAUAAUAAUAAUAAUAAUCUUACCAAUGGUGGUAUAGUGAAUACAAGGACUAAUUCAGGUAUACCAUCAUUAUCAUCUUCAUUAGAACAUGAAACAAUUGUUCAACUUCAAGAAAUGAUAACACACUUAAAGAGUGUAAUUAAAGCAAAAGAUCAAAGAAUACAAGAAUUGGAAAGAGAUAAAGAUAAAUUACGCUCUGUAUUACAUCAACAAUUGACUAAUACAUGGGAGGAAUCAAAUCUAUCGUCAUCAGUUGAUGGUGUGAAGGUGAAUCGUGAAGAUCUUCCUACUAUCAAUGAGGUGAAUACUACAACUGCUGCAACUACACCUACUGCUACUGCUACGCAUAUAACUACUGACACUGGUGGUGAUCAAAAGAAGCAGGAUGAAUCGCAUAGUCCUUCCUCGUCGACCGCAUCAUCAUCAUCAUCCACAGCAGCUGGAUCACCACCGAUCGCUAACGAGGUGACUACUCCACCACCUGCAGCCGCUUUAUUACUACGGAAACGUUUAGGUGUAUCUGGGGAAUCAAUGAAAUGCGCUCAAGAAUUAAUUUAUCAUGAUAAAGAUGCACAUUCACGUCGACAAAUUCGUGAAGCUUUAAGAAGUAAUGAUUUAAUUAAGAAUUUGGAUGCUGUUCAACUACAAGAAGUUGUUUCAUGUAUGCAUGAACAAACUGUUGCAGCGAAUUGUUAUAUUAUACGUGAAGGUGAUGAUGGUGGACAUUUAUAUGUUGGUGCCGAAGGUGAAUUUGAAGUUUCAAAAGGCGGUAAACGUCUUUAUGUUAUGGGAGCUGGUCGAUGUUUCGGUGAAUUGGCACUAUUGUACAAUUGUAAGCGGACAGCAUCUGUAAAAGCUGUGACUACUGCACGUGUUUGGGUGUUAGAGAGAGCAUGUUUCCAAGCAAUCAUGAUGAAAACUGGUUUAGAACGUAUUGAAGAACGUAAAGCAUUUUUACGAAGUGUACCUCUACUCAAAGAUUUAUCACCGAAUCGUAUACUACGCAUAGCUGAUGCAUUAGAAGCUCAAUAUCAUUCAGCAGGUGAUUGUAUUAUUAGACAAGGUGAACUUGCAGAUAGUUUCUUUAUUAUACAAUCUGGAAAGGUUCGAGUUACAAUCUCAUCAUCACAAAGUAGUCCUAUAGAAAGUAAAGAAACUGAGAUAAGACAAUUAACUAAAGGUGAAUAUUUUGGUGAAAAAGCUUUACUUGGUGAAGGUCGUCGAACAGCUAAUGUUUACGCUAUUGGUCCCGGUGGUGUAGAAGUUUUAUGCUUAUAUCGAAAAGACUUUUUAGAAUUGAUUGGUGAUAUACAAGAAUUGAAAAAUAAAGAGUAUGCUGAUGAAGAAACUAGACUUCUAGGUCAUACUUCUUUAUCGAAGAAUUUAUCAUCUGGAUCAAGUAUAAAAGAUGCAACAAGAACGUUAGAUUUAGCUUCACCAACAAAAAGUCAAGAUGGUCUACAUUCACCAAGUACAAAAAUACUCGGUCAACAAUUACUUCCAACAAGUUUAGCACUGGCACCAAAAAUUCAAUGUAAUAUACAACUGAAAGAUUUAGACCGUAUUUGUGUAUUAGGUGUUGGCGGUUUCGGUCGAGUGGAUUUGGUGACAUUGAUAGAUGAUAGAAGUCAAGCUUUCGCUUUAAAACGCCUACAAAAAGCGCAUAUUGUACAAACUCGACAACAAGAGCAUGUUUAUUGUGAAAAGCUUAUUCUUUCAUCAGUUUCAUCGCCUUUUAUUUGUCGGUAAGUGAAAAAGUAAAUAGGAUUUAAUCAAUAUAAUAUAGUAAUGUAAUUGUGACAGUUUAAUAUAUCGCUUUAUUCAUUUCAAGUUGUUAUUCAUCGUAGACUGACAUGAUUUGGAGGAACAAAGGAAAGGUGGGAGCACUGAAGAGCUGUUUCGUCAGACUAGUGUGGGACUCCUCAACAAUGCUCACCCAUGACCCCGCCCUCCCCGGACCGAAUCCGUGACCUUCAGGUUCCGUGACCAUCACGUCAGCAUUGAACCACUAGGUCAGUAUCCAAUGCUCUAUAUUUGCACCUUCUGUUAACUCACGAUAUUGCGCAACCGCCAUCCAAUGUCAUCGUUGAGUAACUGUCCUCACGAUCAUAAGGCUUCACCCCCACCGGUCACCGCUUCUCAUUGGAGCUUCGGGAAUACCAUUCGAAGCUAGUCACCAAUGAGCACUAGUUUAGCUGAAUUUUGAAGGAGUUGUGGGGAUUUGGAAAUAUAUUCCAAGUUGUUAUACAUCUUAGACUGAUAUGAGUUGGAGGAACAGAGGAAAGUUGGGAGCAGUGGACAGCUGUUUCGUUCUAGUAUGGGACUCUUCAGCAGUGUUAAAAUGUAUCUGUAGAGAUGAUAAAUGAUUGUGAAGGUUUCCUUCAUAACUUCAGUAGCCUUGAUAAACACAUUGAUGAAACUAUCAAGUUGUAUUUGACUUGAUAUAAUGAUGACGAAUAAUGGAAUCUAGGUUGAUGAGCGUUUUAUCUUACUUGAGAUUUUUAGGCAGUACUCACUCACCCAUAACCCAACCCAUUUAGAGAUUGAACUCAGGACUUUCAGGUGUUACUCCGAACGCGUUAACUAUCCAGCGAUUGGAUCUGGUAUUCAAUGGUUCACAGUUCCCAGGUUCUGUCGCUCAAAGUCUUCAGUUGGUAUCCCUUUCCUUUUCGACUAGUCUAUACCACAGGUCAUGGCUUCUUAUUAGAACUUCGGGAUAUCCAUCUUCAAUAAAGUAUGUCCCUAAUGACCACUAUAUGGUAGUGUAAGCUUCAGGUUAUGUCAAGGUAAUAUUCAUCAUGGAGUGACAUCAACUGGAGUACUAUUGAAAAGAAGCCUGUCAGUACUGGACAACUAUUUCUUCCUAGUAUAGGACUCUUCUGUAGUAAUCACCCACAAUCUUGCCCCCGACAGGGACCGAACUCGGGACGUUCAGGUUUGAUAGCCACUGGAACCGGAGUUCAAUGGUUCACAGUUUUCAACCUCUAUCACCUAGCUAGUGUCAAUACCGUGAUGAAUUAUUAUUAUUACUUAUAACUUGUCCUUUGGGUUCCUAGUGGAACAUAUGGCUUCAGGAGCACAUAGCCAUUUCACUCUCUUCUCUAUAGUCUUCUCCACCUGCCUCCACCAAUGCCCACAACCUUUCAUUUCAUCCCCACACAACAUCUCCUCCAUAACACCCUCACCUGGGACGCCCAACUCGUCGUUUCCCAUUUGAGUCCCACUCAGUGGCAUGGCCUGGUACGUGAUGUCCCCAAACAGUCUUCUCAGUAUAUGUUCUAUCCAAUCCAAUCGAUUCCAUCUCCACCUUCCUCUUCUGCAUAUUUGUUGGGGGAUAAGGUUGUUGGUUGGUUGGUUGGUCGGUUGGUUGGUUGGUUGGCAGGCCAGAGUGAUUCUUUCUUGCCAUGUGAUCUGAUCUUCAGUGUCAGUAUUGAGUGAGCGUAGACAGCAGCUGUUGAUGAUGUAUGUGUGCAGUUUGUUGGAAAUGCUUUUCGUA